CCCAGCGGCUGGAGCAGGCGAGAGUCGGUCCCGCCGCUGCCCAGCUGGGACGCAGAGGGGAAGGAGCCCGCCGUCGCCCCGCGGCUGAUCAGCGCCAGAAGGCGAGCAGGCCACCAUGCAGGCGUGGGACGAGCAGAGCGAGCUGCGGGAGCUCAACAGCCGCCUGUCGCUCUACGUCUCGCGGGUGCGGCAGCUGGAGCAGGAGAACCGGUGCCUGGCGCAGGAGAUCGCGGCGCUGCGCGGGCGGGCCGGGCAAGACGCCCCGCGCUGGGAGGCGCGGGAGCGGGAGGUGGCCGAGCUGCGCCUGGUGGCGGCCGAGCUGCGCAGGGCCCACGGCGAGGCCGAGCUGGAGCGCGACGCGCUGCGCCAGGAGCUGGCGCGCCUGGAGCGGCUGGGCGCGCAGUCGGUGGAGCUGCGCCGCCGCCGCCUGGAGCCGGAGCUGGCCGAGCAGCGGGAGCUGCUGGAGCACCUGCGGGCCGACUGCGCCGCCCUGGCGGGCCUGCUGGAGCGGCUGGGGGCCGAGCGCGGGCGGCUGCAGGAGGCGCGGCGGCAGCGCCCGGCUGCGCGGCCCGCGCUGAUGCCGCCGCCGCCGCCGCCCGCCCGAAGGAGCCGGAGCGUCAGCCGGCGGGAGGCGGAGGAGAGCUGCGCGCUGGUGCUGAGCUGGAGCUGCGAGCGCAGCCUGGAGCGCUACGAGGCGGAGCUGCAGGCGCUGCAGGAGCUGGAAGCGCGCCGCGGCUGGGAGGACGCGCAGGAGUUGCGCGCCGGCAACGAGCAGAGCCGCCGGCAGCUGCAGGAGCUGCACCGCCGCUGCGGGGAGCUGAGCGCGCUGGCUGAGCGCCUGGAGCAGGAGCGCCUGGCCCAGCAGGAGCGCCACGGCGCGGGGCGCGCGGAGUACCAGAUGAUGAUCGAUGCCCUUGAAGAAGAAAAGCUGCUCCUGGUUCUGUCCAUUGCAGAGUACCUGAAAGACUACCAUGACCUCCUGCAGGUGAAAGCAGGCCUCACCCUUGAAAUAGCAACCUACAGAGCUUUAUUAGAAGGAGAGAGUAGCCAGUGGAUUCUUACGUGGGACGAACAGCAUGGAAGGAAAUUGCCACAAGGUGUCCGAAACAUGCUUUAUGAGUACCGUGACCACCGCUCCGCUUGUAAACAAGAGAAAGGGAAAAGAACUUUUCCUGCAAUCCAGAAUGUUGAGGCAAGGUUUAAAACCCCUGUAACAAAUCUUAGCAGUUCUGCAGUUUAUUCCUCUCGAACAAAAAGUGACUGGAAACAGACAGCUGCACCGGGGAAAACGUUAAGAAGAGAUGCCUUCACUUCAGAAUACCAUCCUUCAGCGGCAACCAGAAGAGAUGAGAUUCGUGAGAGGAUUGUGAUGGACCAGCGAGAGAAUCGAAGCUUUACUCGACCCUCUUUUAGUCGAGGAACUGACGUUCAGCAAAGAAAGUUGCCUGAAAGAAUAAUAACCGGAGCUGGAAUGGCAUCAUCGUUUUCUAAAGAAGCAACAACUGCAAGCCGAAAUAUUUCUGAAAAUGUAAGAAUGAAAGUGGGUCUUCCUACGACGUUACCAUCUUAUGGCCUAACCUCCAGCGCUAAAGAAACGAAAUAUGAGAGAACCGUAGAAGGAACUGAAACAAGAGUGAAUGAGCAAAUCAAAGACAAUAAGCCAGGGAAGGAGGGAAAUUUUGUUUUAUUAGAAGAAAGAGAGCAGAAGGAAAGACUGGUGAAGGACACGACAGAUUUUGGUCAUGAGAAAAUAGGCAAGAAAUCUACUGGAGUAGAAAGAAGUGUGAACAUUGAAAAGAAAGCCGGCAUUAAACAAGGCACAGAUGAAAGCAAGCAUACAGUGGAAGAACUGAUCAUUAAAGACCAUAGAAAGGAAGACGGUUUUAUGGGAGAUAAAGUUCCCAAGGAUGGACAAUAUGUAAGAUGGGAAGAACGGGUUAGAGUGGAUACAUCAGCAAAAGAUUUUCCAACAGAUAUAAAGACUGAGGAAAGUCGUUUGUUCCACAGAGAGAAAACUGCGAGCACAGCAAAACAAAGCAAAGAAGCUGUUGAGAUCCCCAUCCGUUCUGAGGUGCGUACUCAUGACCAAACAUUGAAAAGCAAGAACAUAGAAAUAACAUCACAAGACUCAAAGCCUUCUGUCGGCAAACAGAAGGGUGAUGAAACCAUGCCUAAACUCCCCAGAGAAUCUAAACAAGAUGGAGCAACGGAAGAAGACAGUGCAAAAAUAACAGCCUUGCUUACAGAAAGCAUAGCGGAAAACAUCGUUUCUGACAUUCUUAAAGGGUUUGUGCAGGAACCUUCUGUGCUAGGAUCUCCUCCCGAUACCAAAGUCACCUUUGAAAAGACAGAAGUUUCCGAGGGUGGAAAAGUGAAGACUGAGCUCAACAUACAGUCGAAAGUACAAGAAGAAGUAGAGGUCACCGAUGACUUUGACCUGGAAAGGUUCUUGAAGAAAGACCGUAAAGGGACUCCAGCUGAACAUACCAUAGAAGAUAUUAUUAACACAGGGCUGAAAGAGGGAGCAGACAAAGGAAAAAGGACUGUUCAGGUUGAGAUUGUUGAGGAGCCACUAGAAUGUGCAGCAGAUGCACACAUGGAAUUUUCAACACCAUUUGAAGUGGAGGAAGCAGAAGAUACACUGCCUGGCAUGGUAGGACUCUAUGGUGAUGCAGAGAAGGCUACCACGAGUGUUGUUGAGGACCUUAAACAAAAACCCACUGUGGUUGUAUCUCAUGUGGAAGAAGUAUCUGAGGGGGAUGAUGUAGUUGAUGAAGAGAAGUAUUUUGUGUCUACUCCAGAUGAACGCCCAUUGGCUCAUGAACAGGACGAAGGCUCCGUAUAUGGCCAGAUCCACAUAGAGGAAGAAUCCACUAUUAAGUAUUCCUGGCAAGAUGAAUUUUUGCAGGGAUCUCAGACAAGAAUAAAUGAAGGCAUGGUUUCACCUGAACGGAUUUACCAGCUGCUAGGAGGAGAGGCAGGCACCUUUGUUUCCAAGGAGGAACCCACAAAGGAGCAAGUGACACAUGCUGAAUCGAUUGUUAUUGAGAGAGAGGUCAAAAUACCACAUGAAUUUCAGGAGUCAAUAAAGGGUCUCUUUACUCAGGAGACAAAGAGUCCUAAGCAUCAGCUGAAAGAGGCUCUUGAAAAGCUUGAAGACACUCUUCCUGAAAGCGUGAAACAGGAACUCUCUGUAUUAACCAGAGAAGAUCAGUCUGAUACCAGUAGCUUGGAAGUAGAUAUUAAAAAGGUGGAACAUGCCAAGAAGGGUGGGUUGGUUACCAUCGUAGCAGAAGUCAGUCUGUCCCAGACGCUUGAUGCUGACAAGUUUGGUGCAGAGUAUCUUGGCGAUGUUGUGACUGAUGAAAUAAAAUCACCAACACGGUCCUCAAGUGACAAUGGUUUUGAUGAAUACAAGAAGCAAGAGUCUGAAAGCUUUAGUGAUGGUAGAAAGAGAGUUGGAAUAGACGUUUCUUCCACACCUUGGACUAUAGAAGAGGUUUCCAGCACAGCUAGACUCGGCAGCAGUGAUGGUACAGAGCAUCAUACCAUGGAACAAGUCAUCCGUCAAGUCCCAGUUUUCAAAAGUGUGAAAGUUGAUAGCAGAGGAGAUGCAUCUCCCUCACAGGAGUCAGUCGAUAUUAACAGAUCAAUACGGAAAAUUGUAGUUGGUCCAACAGAAAUCCGUAGAACCGAGCAAGUCCUAUAUGAAGGUCCCUUUUCUGAAACUCAGGAGUUUGGGAAAGGAGCAUCGACAAACGUCAGCCAAUCUGUGAAGGAAUUCAAAUUUGGUCCCGAAGGAACUGAGACCAUGGAAGAAGUAAUCUAUCAAGGGCCUGUGUAUAGUACUGUGAAAGUGAGUGACCCUGAAAGCCAUAGUCAGGGCCAGUUUUCAACAGAUGUUAGGUCCACCAAGCACACAACUCUGGGUCCAAAGCAGAUCUUCGAAGAAGUUGUUUUUCAGGGGCCAAUUUCAGAUGUUUCAUCCAAAGAAGCCAGUGAGGCUCUUUCUCAGACACAAGGGCCAGUCGAAGUCAGCAGAUCAGUAAGGCAGAUUCGAAUAGAUCCAAUGGAAGUAUCUACAGAGCAAGUCAUAUUUGAAAGACCUCUCUCUGGAUUUGUGGAGGUUAGCAGUGUUGGGGAUCACGUGCUCACUGAAGAAUCAGUAAGACAUAUUCGGCUAGGACAAAAAGAUGCCCCCAUUAUUGGCCAAACUGUGUACGAAGAACCUUCUUCCAAGAUGACUCAAUCCAGUCAUGCUCCAGACACAUUUUUCAAAGAGGGGACGCCGGACACUAAUAAAACCAUCAGACACAUUAAGUUAAGCCCCAAGGAACUGGUGACGACAACAGAAGAAAUAAUUUUCACAGGGCCCAUUUCUGAACACCUGGAGUUCGGUGAAUCAGGACAAACAUUUUCUUCGGAAGGAUUAGUAAGGCACAUUAAACAGGGGCAGAAGGAAGUUCAAAGGAGUGAGCAUGUUGUGUACCAAGGUUCUGUUUCGGAAUCUUCAGGGGUCAGUUCGGCAGGAGAAGACCUGGUCGAAGCAGAAGGACCCGCAGAAAUCAGCCGAACAUUUCGACAGAUCAGGGUGAGCCCUGCUGAAACGCAUGCGGAGCAGAUUGUAUUCCAAGGCCCCAUGUCUGAAACGCUGAGAAUUACAGAGCAUUCUCCAACCGAUGGGCCACCAGAAAGCAACCAAUCCGUUGGGCAUAUAAAGAUAGGCCCUAAGGAAACGUCCUUUACCUUUCAGAUGGAUGUAAGCAAUGUAGCAGGGGGGAGACAAGAAACCAUAAUUGUUGCUCCAGACUGGAAAGGAGCAGAUGCCUUUCAGGUGGAAAGCAAGGUGAUGGGUAGCCAGAAGGACCCUGAAAGUAAGCCAAGGUUGGAGGAGUCAACGUUUGAUCAAACUGCUCAACUGCAAAGGAUGGUAGACCAAAGAUCGGUAAUUUCUGAUGAGAAGAAAAUUGCCCUUCUGUACCUGAAUGAGAAUGAAGAGGAAGAGGAGGAUGAAGGUCCUUGGUUUUGAAAGCAAGAUUUUCAUGAAACUCUACUUAGGAGCUUGAUUGCUGUUUUUAUAUAUAAUUGACUAAUUUUUUUAAAGGGAUGUCUCCAUGACUUAGCCAUUAAUGAGGAAUGGAUGGGCUUUAUAGUUUUCUUACACAGCAGUUUUUUGAGCAGGGUCCCUUGGAUACAAGCGUGUUCACCUGUCAAACUAUGGCUUUUUAUGUCCGUUGGUGAAUGCUGAGAAGUCUGGAAGAUUGCCCUUGUUGUUGUUGUUUUUUAAAAAAGCUCCCCUCUUCAUUUUGUGAAAAUAUUUGAGUCUAUAGAAAAAGAAUUGGUUCCCAUUUAAACUUUAAAAUACCAGUGGUCAUGGCAGAAUGCAGCAACUCAAUAUGGCCUAUUUAUUUAUACUGCAUUGUCUCCAAACCCAUUUAAUCAUCCAAUAUUUAACUCACUUGGCGACUAUUAUUUAAAUGAGUUACAGUCUAAGCUAGACAGGUUGAUUAAUUUUCAGGUACUCAGAUACAAUGGGUCAUAUCCUCAGUUUUGGGAUAACUCCCCGCGGGUGCAAGUUAUACAAGGCCUCUUCCAAAUUCAACAUCUGCAGCAGAAGUAUGUGGCUAGUGGUUGCCAAGCAACCUGGCCCACCUGGGUAAGAGCUUUCUUGUGUCAAAAGGUAGUGACCAAAUGAACGUCGGAGAAGUGGGAGUGAAGGCUCGUUGACUUGAUUAUAAACUAAAUGCCUUAUUUUUGUGAGACACAAUUGCAUUCAGACAUGCAAUCUAUCAUGGAAAUGAAGACUCUUAACAACCAUUUUGUAGCCUACAUGCCAGUUUUCUUGCUGUUAGGGUUGUCUCCUUGCUACAACAACAACAAAUAUUUAUAUACAGCUUUUCAACAAAGGUUUCCAACACAGGGAAAUAAUAAUUAAAUAAGAUGGAUCCCUGUCCCCAAAGGGUUCACAAUCUGCUCCUGGCUUUGCUCCCAAUACUACAUGAACCAGCUAGGGUGAUCGCUACCAUCUGUGGGGGACGGGGGACGAAUACUCAUUGUGAUUGCUCACAAGGUCUGCACACCUAGAUAUGGAAAAUGGGUGAUAGCAUUGCAAUCCUUUCAGCUUUCAGUCUGUUCUCAUGCUUUGAUCACCCUGACCUUUGGGCUUGCAGCGGCCAGGUUUGCAAAUGCUGCGUCUGAAGUUUUAAAAACACAAAAACUACUAGAAAAUUUUAUUGAUGUCAGAGGAAUGAAAAUUGGCAAGAAUGUCCCCCAAAGAGGUCUCCAUGUGAGAGUAUACCCUCUCCGUGAUUUAUUCUUACCCUGACCCUUUUCUCUGUGCAAAAAUGACUGCAAUUUUACCCUAAGCAUUUGGGAGUAAAGAAGGGGUGAGAACACAUAGAAAUCUGUAAGUGCAACACUGUGAUCACCGGUUUUCUAUCUCCAAGGUGGUGGUGGUGGAAAAUCACGAUGAGCAUUUGCCCUCUGAGAUGCUUCUGACGGCCAAAAUUUGUGGGCCUAAUGGGUGAAGCUUACUCCUUCUUAGCACUUACCUUUUGUUUCUGUCUGCUGAGAAAAAAGUGUCACUUUGUGUACCAAGCUGCUGUGCUGUCACUUCCAGAAGAACAGGGCCAGUUGAAAAGGGCAGAUCGAUGUCCAGUGAAGUGCGCUUUUGAGGUUGAACGCAGUUGCCACCCCAUGCCUGUUCCUUGCCGUAGGGCUGUGGAGCAGCGGCAUGAAGCAGAAACACAACCCCCGCCCCACAAAUAAUCUCUCUAGAGUGUUGUGUAUCCAGUCACUGUACACUGCAGCAUUAUGGUAGGGAUGCAAAGAAGUCUUGAGUAUGCUGUGGCACAUAGCUUUUCAAGGAAUCUGUAAGAGCCGCGGUAGCCAGUGCCAGCAAGUCAAAAUGAGUGACGAGAGGAAAUGCACCCCAGGUGUGAAUGCUUUCUAUAUAGGAAUGUACUCUCUUAUCACAUUAAUAUGCAAGCAGUAUUGAGAUUCACUUAAACCCAUGUAAGCUUGCUCAGUUGUGUAGCCAAAUGGCUUCUGAUUGGCUGCGGGCAACAACAUCCAAAGGGUUAGAGCCUGGGAUGUAAAAUGUGUUCAUAUGAAGAGCCUUGUUGGAUCAGGCAAAGAUCCAUCAUGCAGAAAGCAGUAUUCCUCUGCCCACCACGGUUGCUCCCUAGCAGUUGGUAUUCCGUGGCAUACUGUCUCUGAACAUAGCAGAUCAACUUAGCUACUGUGGCUGAAACAAACAGCUGUCUGCCAUAAAUUCAGCAUGCCAAGGAAGGAGCCAGAUAUAUGAACAUCAGAAGAUGUUUGUGUUCAAGCUGUUGGACUGUCUAGCCCAAUCUUGUCUGCUCCAAAGUCUCAGGUGGAGGUAUUUCCCAGCCCUGCUAUCCCAGAUCUUGUACAACUGGAGAUGCCAGGGAUUGAACGUAGAACCUUGUGUACACAAAGCAUCUGCUGCAGGUGUUCUCAUGCGUGGGUCCCUGGACGUUGGACUACAAUGCCCAUCAUCCUCACAUAGAUCAUUGUGGCUGUGGAUAUGGGAACUGAAGUUUAACAUCUGGAGACCCAGCUUUGAGAACCCCUGCGCUAUGGUAUCUACCACGAGAUUUUUGCACUUGGAUGUUUAAAGUUGGACUCAUACUUGUGGGCUUAAAUCUUUUAAUCAUAUUUUCAGUACAAGUUUUCUACACAUGUAACAGGAAUCUGCUUUCAUAUAAGCUUGUUAGCCCAAGCUGGUGCUUGCUUGACAUUUUUGAGUUUUUGUGUCUAGAGGGAAUAUAAUUACAGUCUAACCUGCCUUUAAAUAUAUAUAGUAACACGUAUGCUAAUAUAUCCUAUUUAAAAGUUGCAUUUUCAUAGCUUGGAGCUAGGAAGAUUGAAAACAUUGCCUCAAGCAGUGCCACUCACAGGCAGAGCUUAUUCAAACAUUUCUUUUUCUUUCAUUUGGGAUGAACAGUGGGCUGUUUUGGAAAAGAAACAUUUUAUUCCAUAAAAUAUUUAUAUACUUGAUGUGGUUGACUUCAGAAUGUGGGACACUUAUUUUUCCUUCGUGAAUGCUGCUAUCCUAAGCACACAUUGGAAGGAAACUUCAUUUCCAGUGAAGCUUUCUUUCAAGGAAACACUCUUAGUGCACGCUAAUAACACAGGACCCAAUCCACAGAAGGCUAGUCACGUCUUAGUUCCCGAGACCAUCCCGACUAGCUUGUUCCAUUGGUUUCAAUGGGACCUCGGGCACGGCUAACUCUUAAGUGGAUGGGGCCCACAGUCUUGAAGUAUUAGAUGCCUGUGUGAGUGAAAGAGAGAGGUGGUCUACAAGCCGGCUGGGGUGGUUGGUACCAUCUGCAGGGACGAAUGCUCAUGGUGGUUUUUGACCUGCCUGCAAUCUUGGGAGAAGCGGCUGCCACUCUGUGUAGACAAUACUGAGUUAGAUGGACCGAUGGUCUGGCUCAGUAUAUGGCAGCAUCGUAUGUUCCUAUGUAAGGUCUGCACUCCCUAGGAGUUAUUCACACAUGGCUUCAUGCUGCGGGGUAAAUGUUGAGCGAAGCCACUUUGAAUCACACGAACAGUAAUGAGGGAAGCAGUUCUUCCCCUCCUGCUCUCAGGUUUGGUUUUGAUGCAAGUUCACAUGACCUGCCUCUGUGCUUUCCUUCCAGCCAAUGGUUGUGGGGGGGGGGACUUUCUAAAGAGCGAUAUCUGCAUUUCUGAUGAGAGUAUCCCUCUUCUCAUGCUAAUGAUUCUACAUCAGUGUCUCUCUAUUUGCUCCUGCAAAAAAGUAGCUUAAAACCAGCACUUUAAAAACCCGGAACUACACAGAGAUAAGCUAGAAUUCACAAGACAAAACCCGAUGUGUGUGUGACGUGGAGCCGAGGAUCUCGAAGGGACUUCGGGGUACGUUUGGCUGGUGUGUGAACGCACACACUCUCUUCCGGAGGAGAUUCGGAGUAACAGCCCUGUCUGUAAAGCCCCCUAGAAAGAUAGAAAACAGGAGCUUUCUUUCCCAGACAGCAAGUUUUACCAUGGGUUUACUGAGAGGAUUUACUGCGAGUUUGAAAACUGAUGCAAAAAGUGGGUUUUUUAAACCCUGAAUAUAAAUUGGGCUACACUCUAACAUGCAGUGAAAACCCCCGAAUUGUGUGUGAAGCGCUCCCUGAGAGCUUGCAGGGACUUCGGGGCAAAUUUGGCCGAUAUGUGAAUGCACACCUCCAUUCCGGAGGAGAUGCGAGCUAAAAGCCGGGUGUGCAUAACUUCCAGGUGAUUGCAUUGCAAGGCUCUUGGUGUGUCGUCAUGCUUUUAUUGCCCUGACCGUCUGGCCUGCAGCAUUGGUGGAAUGCGCAGUGGUGUUUCCAAAGCUUUUAAGAAUGUUAAAAACACAGAAACCACUAUAGCGUUUUAUCGAUAUCGCCAGGGGAAUGGGAAUGGGCAGGAAUGUCCUCCAAAGACUGCUCCGUGCAGAAGGUAGAACAACUUCUUCAUCUCGUUGCCCUCACCCUGACCCUUUCCUCUGCACCAAAACGACUGCAAUUUGACCCUAAUCAUUUGAGGGUAGGGCUAAAGAUGGGGUGAUGACAGAGAGAGCUGUGACUGCAACCAGGCAGGCUAGCAAGGUAGAGGUUGCUAAAAAUCACAAUGGGCAUUUGUCCCCUGAAGUGGUACCUAUAGCUGGAAUUUGUGGGUCUGGUUCAUGGACCAAGGGGAUUUAUUAGAGCACCGGUGUGAAAGCCACAACUCUUUAUGAGCUAAAGAUUGCUGUAGCAGGUGUUUUCAAAGGCUGUAGACAUGUUGAAUCAGGGUGGGUUUAAUGUCAGGUGGGAUUUUGUAGGCUGUUUUGGUCCUGGUCAGUUGAUGAUGUGCUGUGUGUUUCUGUGAUGGUUUAAGCUUUUGUGAUCUUGCACUUUUCUCCUCUGUGAAGUAUUAAACAUUGAAAAUGAA